AUGACCUCUCAUGAACUUCAAUUAGGCGGCGGCAACCUUAUUGUGUAUGUGAUCGAAAACAAAACUGAGUACUGCGAAACUGAAGAAUGUGAAAGUGCAGUGGAAUCUAUUCAGUACGCAACAGUUUCAUUAUUCAUUCUUUCUUAUGUAAUCCCAGUCAUAAUUCUUGCAACAAUGUGUUAUCAAAUUGCGGCCUCUGUGCGCUCAACAUCCUGCAAUACCCAGACAUGCAUUAAAAAAACUCCCAACAAGAUGAAAAAACUCCUUAUAGCUGUAGUAGUGUCUUUCUUGAUUUGCUGGUCACCUCAUCAGAUAACGCUAGUAAUUAUAGCUUUUAAAAUUGUGGAAUUUGAGAGGUCUGUACUCGAUGUCAUUUUAAACAUAUCAGAAUGCUGUUUGUACCUAAACUGUGCCGUGAAUCCUAUACUAUACAACAUGUUUUCAAGAAAUUUCCGGAGAGCGCUUCAGAAUAUGAUCAGUGGUGGACCAAAUGCAACAGCGAAAGCGACUUGUUCUGCUUCUGUUGUAAGUAAACAUCGACUGUCACUUGUCUCAAGUGAUUUAUGUGUCUGAAUAAAAG